AUUAAACAAGAAUCCUGUCAGUAUGAGCUGGGCUGUGGAGGAAUGGAAAGAAGGCCUCUCUCCAAGAGUCCUUCAGAAGAUUCAUGAGCUGGAAAGUCAAGUAGACAAGCUUAAAAAGGAGCUUCAGCAAAGACAAUUCCAGUUGGAGGCAGCUUUGGAAAGACAGAAACGGAAGGUUGAAAAUGAGAAAAAUGAAGCUGCAAUACUAAAAAGAGAGAACAAGAGAUUGAUGGAAUUGUGUGAUAGUCUUGAGAUAGCAAAGCAGAAAAUUUCACGUGAUCUUCAAGUAAAAGAAUCUCAAGUCAACAUCCAAUUAGGGCAGCUGAAUUCCAGCCAGAAAGACAUCCAAAGGCUAGAACAAGAACUGAAAAGAUACAAAUGUGAGCUUGAGAGAAGUCAGCAAAUAUCAACUGCAGGAGACACAUCAUUCAGUGGCACUCCACAGAAAAGUUUUACUGCUACUUUAACACCAGUUCAAAGUCAUAAUGAUGCUAAGUUUGAAGAACUAGAAGAAAAAUACAAGAAAGUACAAGAAAGAAAAAAGCUAGAAUUAGAACUGAGAACCAUCCAAUUUAAGAAAGAAAAUCAGCCUUACCCUCAAAGCUCUUUGACUCACAGGGAGAUUGCUCGGCAGCAGGCUUCCUCAUCUGUGUUUUCAUGGCAACAAGAAAAGACACCAUCUAGAAAUCAAGAAACACCUGCAAGGAGAAGUUCUACAACAUCCUCUUUUCCAAGGGAAAAAGAAACAAAUUCUAGUAUAAUAUCGGAGGAGAAUGAGUUUGACAACAGCUUUGCUGAGAAUUGUAAUUCUUCACUCAUCAUCCAGCUAAAAGCACAGAACCAAGAGUUAAAUUCCACUGUUAAAGACCUAGAACAACAACUGCAAGCUGAAGAAAGAGAGAAGAAAUCCUAUAUGAAUAAACAUAAAGAUACUGAACUGCAGCUGGACGGAAUGAAGUUGGAAUUAACAGAGAAGGAUGAAGUUCUGAACAAAACCAGAGAUAAACUGACUCAAAUGAGAACACAACUUGAUCAAGCUACCACACAGGUCCAGAUGAUGGAGCAAAAGAUGAAAAGAUUGUCAGAAGAACUGAAUUGCCAAAGACAAAAUGCUGAGAGUGCUCGUCAGUCUUUAGAACAGAAAAUAAAGGCAAAGGAAUAUCAACAGGAACUCUCUUGUCAGCAACGUUCCUUACAAAUACUGGGUCAGCAGUGCAACCAGAUAAGAAACAAACUGAAUCAGGAGCUACAGCAAGCCAAAAAUGACUUCAACGCUCUGCAGGCAGAAUUUGGCCAAAUAACAGCAGUGAAACAACGCUUGGAACAUGAUACCACUGAUCUCACCCAGAAGCUGUGCAGAGCAGAGCAGGCUUUAUUAGCAGCCCAGGCUAAGGAAACUGAUUUGACAAGAAGCUUUGAGGAAGUGAAGCAGGAGAAAAACCAUCUUGACUGUCAACUUGAAAAAAAAUUGCAAGAGAUCCGCCAGCUCGAAGAACUGAAUACGAUCAAGCAAUCUCUAAAGCAGAGUCAGAAUUUUGCAGAAGAGAUGAAAAGUAAGAAUACUUUUCAGGAAGCGGAGUUGAAGUUACUGGAAGAGAAACUUAAAAAGCAAGAGAGCCCCCUUUUGCUAGAGAAGCUGAAAAUAGCUUUAGCUGACAUAGAAAAGCAACAAGAUUCUACCCAAGACCUGCUCAGGGAAAAAGAUAAUCAUAUUAAAGAACAAAACUGUAAAAUAACUAAAAUGGAGGAAGAAUCAGAAGCUUUGCAGAGGCUCCUUGAAUUCAAGCAGAGAGAAUGUGAAGAAUUGCAAAAAGAGGCUAUUGCUUUUUCUCAAUGGAAAAAUGAAAACGAUCAUCUUAUAAAUAAACUUAAGUCUGAAAAGGAAGGUAUGCUGACUUAUAUUAAGGACUUGGAGAGUUCCCUUCAAAGUCAGCAAAUCAAAAAUCAUGAGCAUAGUGAGAAACUCAGAAUGGUGGAAACUGAAAAUGACAGGAAAAACACAGAGAUUAGAGAACUUAAAGACAUGCUGGACUGUAAAAAUGCAGAAUUAGAGCAACAAAAAAAAGCUUUUGACGAACUUUGGCAGAAAGCAGAAUUUUCUGAUAAAAAGUACUGUAAAGAGAGAGAAAAUAUGUCCUGUAAAAUAUUCCAGCUUACCAACCAAGCUGGUGAGCUAGAAGAAAAGUUACAGUUAGCAGCAAGUGAAAGACUGCAAAGGGAGCAAUGUUAUCGUGACCUGCUUGAUGAAUAUGAAAAAAUCUGUCUUGUAAAAGCAAAAGAUACUUCAGAAAUGACGGAAGAUGGAGAAAUUAACUUACAAAGUGGUGAAGAUAAAACUGGUUUAGAUAGUAGGCAACUUGCAGCAAAUAACUCUAUUGCUGAGGAUCAAGGAUGUUCAGGAGUUCUUCUAGAGGAAGGAAAAACUAAGGAUCUGGCCCUUUUACAAGAUCAGAUCUCUUCUCUUGAGACUUUCUUAGGGACUCAAAAGCAGCUAAAUUCAAAUCAGCAGCAGCAGUAUGAAGACUUAGUGCAAAUAAAAGGUGAAACAGAAGAAAGAUUAUUUAGUGUAGAACAGAUGCAUGAAAGCUUUGUGACAGAAACUAAACAGCACAUUAGUAACUUGCAAGCAGAUAUUUCAGCAUAUCAGAAAUUAGUUGAAAAAACUUUAGCUCUUCUUGAGGAAAAGGACAUGCAACUGCAAACUCUAAAUGAAAGAUUAGAGAACCAACAAACUGAGCUUCAGGAUUUAAAGAUCAAUAAUAAAUUGCUUGAGGAUUCAGUAAGGCAACUGAAGCUUAUGUCUGGAACAUGGGAUUCAGGGAAGAAGGACAUGUCUUCAAUUAUUUCCUCAUAUAGCAAAAAAAUGGAGGAGCUUACUGAAGAAAAUGCAGCCCUUAAGGAUUUAAGCAGAGCUUUAGAGGAAGAGCAAAUAACUUUACUGGAAGUGAAUAAAAAUAUUUCUGAUAGUUUAAAGCAAAAAGAAGAAAUAAUUUCUGAAAUGUCCGGAAAACACAAGGAGGAAAGACAACUUAUUGAAUCAAGAACUGAAGAAAUCAAAGCAGAGCUUAAAGUUUUGCAAGCAAAGUAUAAAUUGAUGGAAGAAGAAAAUGCAGAUGUGAUGGGCAUUCUGAGAGAGCAGACAAUUAAAUUUGAGGAAAAGAAAGCAAAAUUAGAACAAGAGAAACAGAUAUUUAGUGAGACUAAAAAUACCUUAUGUAAACUAAUAGCCUCAGAAGAAAUAAAAAAGGAUUUGGUUCAAGAACUUCAGCAACUGCAGUCAGAAUGUUCUGAUAUCCAACAAGUGCCUUCUACAGAGCUUGACUCUUUAAGACAGGAAAUGUUAAAUGUCAGGGCAACACAAAAUACAAUGCAAGAGAAAUGUGAUACCAUAUGUCAGGACAAGGAGCAAUUGAGGAAGGAACUAGAAACAAAAAGUGAACCUCUAAUGUGUGAUGUUAGUUGUGAACAGAGACUCCAUUCAGAACAGUUGAGGAAGUCCAUGGAAGACAAGAAUGCUGAGCUGAAUAAAUACCAAGUUAAACUUGAACUUCUUCAAAUGGAUUUUGAGGACAGAGAACUCGCCCUAGAGAACUACAGAUUAGAAGUGAUGCAACUGAAGACUGCUUUAAAAGGCAUGGAAGUAGAACUUGAGAGAAAUGAGAGAGAGAAAGAGAGACUGCAGCAAGAACUACUGUCUGUUAAAGAACUGAAAACUUCAGAUUCUCUGCUUACAGUAUUAGAAGAUGGCCACUCAUUGGAGUGUAAUUAUGAUAGUGUUUCCCAGAAUUGUGACAAAAUAGGAAUGGAUGAAAGUUAUUCAUUGAUCUUGCUGGUGUCCUCUUUGCAGGUAAUGAUAAACAAUCUCAGCGAGCUCGACAAAAUGUGCGAGAGGUUGCAGAGUGAGAACAUUGUAUUAGCCUCUGGAUUUAAAGACUCAAAACCCAAUGACAUCAAAGGUAUUAAUGAAGUGGUAGAGGAGAAAGAGAACAUAAUGAAUGCAGAUAAAAAUUUAAAAGUGGAGAAAGCUGUUUUCCCCUUUGCACUUAUGGAUCAAAAUGAUAAUAAUGAUCUGAGAAGAUAUUUUGGUAAUAAGGAAAUGUCCUUCAGACUUAAAGAAUGCGAUACUGGACACAGUUCUGACAUCAAAGAUUUAAAAUUGUCCAGCAAAGAAAUUAAAAUACACUUUACUGAAAUAAGAGAGAAGCUUUUGUCUUUCCAGAAUGAACAUAUAAAAUUAUAUGAACAACACUGCAACUCAAAAAUAUCAGAGCUACAGUCUUAUAUUGAAAUAUUGAAGGCAGAAAAUUCUGCGUUGUCGACAAGUCUGAGCAAUGCUCAUAUAGAUUCUGUAAGAGUACCACUAUCACAUAGCCAAAAUGACAUGCUGUAUAAAUUAGAUGAAAUUAAGUCCACAGUUUCUUCCUCAGAUCCUUUUGAAAGUCCCUGUUCUAUAGAAGUAAGUGAGGUAGUUGAUUCUUGUAACAGUGGUACACACAAAUGGAUGGAGGAAAUGAAUCAGCCGGACAGUUCUGCAGAAAUAAUUCCAGAAGGUGCAACAAAAGUUCUGGUCAAAAAUUGUCGUCAUGAUCAGAGAUUGGACUCUGUUACAGAGCCCAGGAAUAUUACUCCUAGAAGGUCUAACCUUGAGAGUAGAAUCGAAGAACUUCAGAUGCUGUGUCAGACACAUGAGAAGGCCAUCAAGAUGCUCAAAGACCAAUUUCACAUUCAAGACAAUAUGAAAAAUGAGGAAACACAAGAGCUGAAGAAAGUUAUACUUUCUGAAAGAAAAGAAAUAGAUCAUCUCAAACAGCAAAAUCUAUCUGACAAGGAAGAAUGGCAGCAGAAACUGAAUAACGUGACUGUAGAGAUGGAGUGCAAACUGGCAGCAGAAGGAAAAGAAACUGAGAAUCUGUCUUUGGAACUGGAAGCAGCAAGACUCCAACUACAAGUUCUUGAUUUAAAUUCUCAUUCACUGCUGUGCACGGAUAUUAAAAAUGCCUAUGUCAGUGUGGAUUCUGCUGUGUUAGUGGGGAUGCAUGCGCU